AUGCCCUCUGCUGUCCAAGGAGACAAGGGCCCCUCCUCUCCUUCUGUCCCCUCUGCUACAAACACACCCUUCUCUUUGCUAAAAAAAUAUACAGCAUCUCUUCAUACUAAUGGGGCCCCUGAGGGGCCCCCCGCUGCUUCUCUGGGGGCCCCUCUGGUUUGCUGCUGCCCUCUAGACUCUCCCUGUCGUCUCGCCUUACCCACCUCUGCUCUACAGGGAAUACAAUUCUAUACGGGGGCCCCUGGGGGGCCCCCUGCUGGGGCCCCUGGGAGCCCGCUUGUUAGUACCCCUGAGGGGCCCCCUUCUGGGGCCCCUGGGGGCCCCCCUACGACAGAAAAAUGUCUGAAGGGGGCCCCCGAAAGAUCUUUCGGUCUUACAUCUGGGGGGCCCCCUUGCAAGGGGGGCCCCCAGGAGGGGGGCCCCCAAAGGGAGGGCCCCCAAAGGAGGGACCCUCAGGAGGGGGGUCCCCAAAGGGGGGACCCCCAGGAGGCGGGCCCCCAAGGCAGGGGCCCCCAAGAGGGGGGCCCCCAAGGAGGGGGGCCUCAAGCGGGGGGCCCCCAGGGAGGGGGCCCCCAAGAGGGGGGCCCCCAAGAGGGGGGCCCCCAGGGGGGGGCCCCCCGAGUUGGAGAGUGCAGCGAGGUUUGUAUGUUAUGCAUGAUUUAUAAGAGUUUCUCUGAGGGGUGUUGUUUGUCUCCAGGAGUGCUGGGGGUAUUUUUGUCUCUAACAUUUUAUCCGUUUAAACACAAACCCCACCAGUCGGCGAUGAUGCACUUGCUGCAGCAGCAGCAGCAGCAGCAGCAACAGCAGCAGCAGCAGCAGCAGCAGCAGCAGCUCGAGGAAGUGGAAGACUUUUUCUCCCGGUGCAGCAAGACAGGAAAUAGCAGCAACAGCACUUCAUCUGCUGGUGCUGCUGCUGCAUCGCCUACAAGCAGCAGCCGCUGCCGCAGCAACUGCAGCAGCAGCAGCAGCAGCAGCAGCAGGAGCAGGAGGAGAAGGAGCAGCAGGAGCAGGAGGGGCGGAUGCAUGCGGUGCUGCUGCUGGUACCGCAGCCCUUACCGUCGUAUCUGUGAAAAGACGCUGUGCUCUUGCUGCACCAGCAGCAGCAGCAGCAGCAAUGGCUGCAGCAGUAGCAGCAGCAGCAGCAGCAAUGGCUGCAGCAGCAGCAGCAGCAGCAGCAGCAAUGGCUGCAGCAGCAGCAACACAUGCAGCCAGAGCUGUAUCGAUGAUAUUCCCUGCUGCUGCUCCAAAGCAGCACACAGGCAUGCGAAAACAGCAACAGCAGCAGCAGCUAAAGCAGCAACAGCAACAGCAGCAGCAGCAACAGCAGGAGCAAGCAUUCAGAGGGACCUUCUAGGACCUGCAGCAGCUGCUGGAGGCGGCAGCAACAGUAGCAGCAGCACCAGCAGCAGCAGCAGCAAUGACGCUUCUCCUGUUAAGAAACAUUGCAGCAGGCAGUCGCCUGCUGCAGCAGCAGCAGCUGCAGCAGCCGCAGCUGCUGCUGCUGCUGCGAACUCCCCCUUGAUGCCCCAUAAGGGGCGCAGCAACAACACUGCUGCAAUGAAACAGCAGCAGCAGCAACAGCAGCAGCAGAGGAAUCUGGCUUCUCUUUUAGGUUGCUGCGGCAGCACAACUUGCUGCAGCGGCUGCUGCUGCAGCGAGGGAAGCUGCGGGUCCCUAUUCUGCUCCUGGAGUGAGCAGGUGAAGGCGACCCGCCGCCGCCUGGCAGCAGAUCUUGCUGCAGUCGUUGCUGCCUUUCCUCUGGGGCAACAGCAGCAGCAGCAGCAGCAACAGCAGCAACAGCUACUGCUGCAGCAGCAGGAGCAGCCGGGUUCCUGUCUCUCUUUAGAUGGGGAGAGGCAACAGCAGCGUCAUCCGCAGCAGCAGCAGCAGCAGCAGCGCAACGGGAGUGUUAGUAUUAGCAGCAGUAGCAGCAGCAGUAUGAACAGCAGCAGCAGCAGCGUUGAAAGGGGCGUGUCUCUUUCUGCUGCAGCUGGGGUAGAUUUAUUUGUUGCUGCGGAGGCUGUAGCAAAUUCAGAGACCAGCAGCAGCAACAGGCAGUUGCUGCUGCUGCAGCAGCAGCACAAACAGCAGCAGCAGCAGCAGCAGCAUAAGCAGCAGCAGGGCGGGAGGCUACGCAAUCAAAACCACGCCGCCUCCACCCCCAAAAGAAACAGCAGCAGCAGCAGCAACUGCAGCAACUGCAGCAGCAGCGGCAGCAGUGACAGCAGCAGCGACGAAACAUGGCGCUCCAGUGGUUGCAGCAGCCGCAGCAGCAGCUGCAGCAGCAACAGCAGCAACCGCAGCCGCAGCAGCAGCAAGAACCGUAACAGCAGCAGCAGCAGCAGCAGCAGCAGCAGCAGCAGCAGUGAGGGUGAGUGUUGCUUCUACGAAGACGGGCAGGUGGAGGGGCUUCAGGUGUGCAUAACAGAAUCCAGCGAAGCCUCUUCCUCCAGCAGCAGCAGCAGCAGCAGCAGCAGCAGCAGCAGCAGCAGCAGCAGCAACAGCAGCAGCAGAUAUAUAAGAACAG